AUGCAGCUUGAUAUGUCAGGAACUUUUCACACCCCUAACGGGGAAAAAGGAUCUAACACUAGGGAAACAGCCUUGGAUCUAGACUCUUUGGAUGCAGGAACUCACAGGAAGAGCAGCCAGGAAGGACCCGAGGAAGGAAAGAUAGAGAAGGUGGUCAAAGAGUACCUCAAAGCAAUUGAGGCCAAGAUCGCCAAGAUUCCUGGAAUGCCAAAGCCCAUGGAGGAAGAGGCGCCAGAUGGCUAUAUAGAGUCUCCUUUCUCAGAAGAGAUCCCCAUGGUAGAGGUGCCAAAGAGGUUCAACACACCCAAAAUGGCUAUGUACGACGGAACAACAGACCCAGAUGAGCACGUGUCCCUCUACAAGCAGAAGAUGAUGACAAGCUCAAUCCCUAGAGACAUCAGAGAGGCUAUCAUGUGCAAAGGCUUUGGAGCCACAUUAUCAGGUCCAGCUCUAACUUGGUUCAUUAAUUUAGAUAAUGGGACAAUCCGAUCUUUUGCAGGAAUGGUAAACCUAUUCAAGAUCCAGUUCGCCAGCAGCAGGAAAAUAGAGAAGCAGUCUUCAGAUCUAUACCGUGUUGUGCAGAGACACGGUGAAUCCUUGAGGGAUUACCUCAACAGGUUCAACAAGGAAAAGAUUGGGAUACACAAGUGUGACGCUCCCACAACAAUUGAAGCAUUCAGAAGAGGGUUGCUAGACCAUAGUGAGCUCUACAAGGAGUUGACCAAGUAUCCCUGUACAACCUUUGAAGAUGUGCAAGCUAAGGCUAUGGCUCAAGUCAGAUUUGAGGAAGACGCGUAUGCAAGAAAGACUCCAGAGCUCGGAAAGGAUGAAGACCGUCAACCAAGAAGGAGCAACAAUUUUCCUAGAAGAGAUCAUCGAUUCAAGUCGUAUCAGCGUUCACGCUUCGAUGAGGGAUCAGUCAAUGUUGUCGAAGAAGAAUUUUCUGACUGGAGGGAGGAUCCUGAACUUCCACCUAAGCUACAUGAGUACUGCUUCAAUGUUAAUCCUACAGGAGUAAUAACGACCCUGAAUAAGAUGGGAGAUACUGUGCAAUGGCCCAGAAGGAGUGAUAGGCCUGGAGAAAAGAAAGAUCCCUCCAGAUGGUGUGAUUUCCAUUCAGAUAUCGGUCACACUACUGAUGAAUGUGUCGCGCUCAGAAAGGAAGUCGCACACUUGCUGAAGAAAAGCUACCUCAAAGAGCUCCAGUCAAAUAGAUCUAAAGCCUCGGGGAAGGAGAGAGAUUCUAAGCAAGGAGGUCCUCCUCCUCCGCCUCCAAUUGUCAAAACCAUCUGCUUCAUAUCAGGAGGGUCAAAAGUAUGCGGUUUAGCAUAUUCAGCAGCAAAGCGACAUGCAAAGGAAAGUAACAAGGAUCAACCAGACAAGAGGGAGAAAUCCAAGAUAGACAUCCCCAUCAUGUUUGAAGAGAGCGAUGCAGUAGAAGGCCAUCAUGACGGUCUGGUGAUUUCACUCCCAGUGGGAAACUGCAUGAUCAAACGAAUCCUAGUUGACAAUGGAAGCUCUGCAAAUAUCAUCAUGCUCGACACCCUGAAACAUAUGAACAUAGAUGAGAAGAACAUCGUCAACAAGUCAACAAUGUUAGUGGGAUUCAGUGGGGAAACCAAAAAGACAAGUGGAGAGAUUACAUUGGUAACAUACGCGAAAGGGAUCAACCUACAGGUCAAGUUCCUAGUGAUUGAUACUCUGUCUUCGUACAAUAUGAUUUUAGGCAGACCUUGGAUACAUGAGAUGAAAGCCAUCCCUUCUACGUACCAUCAAGUCAUUAAGUUCCCUACUAGGUGGGGUAUUCAAGAAAUCAGAGGAGAUCCUAGGGAAGCUAAAGAGUGUUACAAGAUAGCAUUGAAAGCAACGUCUGCAGAAAAGAGUUCAGCAUAG